AAAUAUUGGAACUUAGUCCUAACGCGGUCACACUAGCGACGCCUGUUUAAGUUUAGCCUUUAGUCCAAAAAUACACGUGCGAAAGCUCUACCUGAAAUGAAGUUCUCUUUUAAGUUUUCUAAUCUGCUGGGCACGGUAUACAAGCGAGGCAAUGUGAAAUUCACAAACCAUGGAGACUGUGUUAUUAGCCCCGUUGGCAACAGGGUUACUGUGUUCGAUCUAAAAAAUAACAAGUCAUGGACUCUUCCAUUUGAAAACGCAAAGAAUAUUGCACGACUUGCCCUGUCCCCAGAUGACACUACUAUCAUAACAGUCGACGAAGAUGGAAGAAGCAUUUUGGCAAAUCUAAGAACAAAGGUUGCUCUUCAUUUUUUCAAUUUCAAGAAACCUGUGGAAGAUAUUGUAUUUAGCCCUAAUGGAAGAUUUAUUGCUGUAACACAUGGCAAGCAUGUGCAAGUCUGGUCAGCUCCUGGCCACACCAGAGAGUUUGCACCGUUUGUUCUACACAGGACAUACACCGGCCACUACGAUGAUACAACAUGCAUAGAUUGGUCUUCCGACUCCAGGUUUUUUAUUGUAGGAAGCAAGGAUAUGACUGCUCGUAUUUACUCAUUGGAUCCUAUGGAAAACUUUUCCCCUGUUACUCUAUCAGGAGCAAGAAAUACAAUUGUUGGUUGCUUCUUUCAAGAGGGAUCUCUUGAUGCCUAUACUAUAAGUAGUUCAGGAGCUCUAGGAAUAUGGACAUGUUCAGCAAAACUACAAGAGGUGUUCCUUCGAACUAAGGACAAGAAUGACGAGACAGAUCAAGAUAAGGAGGAAUUAGUCAAAUGGAAGAAAGGUCCCAAGCAUUUCUUUGAGAAGGAGAACUUCACAGAGAUUACUAGCUGUGCACUCCACAAGGCAACUCAAGUACUCAUAGUUGGCUUUUCUAAUGGAGUAUUUACGAUUCAUGAGCUGCCAGACUUUAACCUAAUACAAACUCUCAGCAUCUCUCAACAGACUAUCAGCGCUGUGGCUGUGAAUCAUACGGGUGAAUGGCUGGCGUUUGGCUGCACAAGCCUGGGUCAGUUGCUUGUGUGGGAAUGGCAAAGCGAGUCCUAUAUACUCAAACAGCAGGGUCAUUACUAUGACAUGAACGUACUGGCAUAUUCUCCAGAUGGCAAUUACAUUGCUACAGGAGGGGAUGAUGGAAAGGUGAAGCUGUGGAAUACCAUGACAGGAUUCUGCUUUGUCACAUUCCAUGAGCAUUCCGCUAGCGUGACUGCUGUGACAUUCAGCCCUAAUGGCCAAGUGGUUCUCAGUGCCUCCCUGGAUGGAACUGUAAGGGCAUUUGACCUCAACAGGUACCGUAACUUUCGCACGUUUGCAUCUCCCCGUCCUGCCCAGUUCUCCACACUCGCGCUUGACAGCAGCGGUGAGGUUGUGGCGGCUGGAUCACGUGACACCUUUGAGAUCUUCGUGUGGUCCAUUCAGACAGGGAGGCUUCUUGAGGUCCUUGCAGGCCAUGAGGCCCCUGUGUCAUCACUAGCGUUCAGUCCCUCACAUCCAGUGCUUAUCUCUGGGGCCUGGGACAAGACAGUUCGCCUGUGGAAUGUAUUUGAGAGUAAAGUCAGCAGGGAGACAUUAAACCUCACGUCUGACGUAGUGUCCAUUGCUGUGCGUCCUGAUGGUCGGGAGGUAGCCAUCUCCAGCCUGGAUGGAGCCCUAACGUUCUGGGACCUUGAGGCUGCGGUGCAGGUGAAGUCAGUGGAUGGAAGGCGUGACCUGGGGGCAGGCAGGAAAGCUGAUGACAAGAUUACCGCCAGGUCAUCAGCAUUUGGAAAGUGUUUCACAAGCCUGUGUUAUACUGCUGAUGGGGAAAACGUGCUUGCGGGUGGACGGUCCAAGUUCGUAUGCAUCUACAACGUUGAGCAACAGAUCUUGCUGAAGCGGUUCCAAGUAUCUCGUAACCUGUCAUUUGACGGCAUGAAGGAGAAGUUGCGUAGCGACCAGAUGACGGAGGCGGGGCCUGUCGACAUGAUUGACGACCGGGACAGUGACGAAGAGGAUAUAUCCCUACCAGGGGUCCUCAAGGGAGAUAUGAGCUCCCGGCGGACCCGCCCUGAAAUACGCGUCAAGUGUGUCCAGUUUUCGCCCACAGGUCGCGCAUGGGCGGCAGCUUCCACGGAAGGUCUCUUGAUCUAUUCGCUGGACGCAUCCCUCGUAUUCGACCCCUAUGACCUGGACAGUGACGUCACACCGGAAGUGACGCGUCAGGUUCUGGCACGAGGCGAGUAUGCGCGGGCACUGGUGCUCGGCUUCCGGUUGAACGAGCAGCAGUUGAUCAAAGAGGUUGUGGAGUCGAUCAAAUGCUCCGAUAUCCGGUUAGUGGUCCAGGCCUUGUCCGACACGUACGUGGACAAGCUGCUGUGGUUCGUGUCCGGACAGCUGGACACGUCAGCGCACCUACAAUUCUAUCUGACGUGGUGCCAGGAGAUCUUCACCCUGCAUGGUCACGUGAUCAAGCAGCGUGCCGGUGACGUAAUGCACAUGCUUCGGACCGUGCAGAAGAGCUUGACCAGACACCACGACGAGCUCGGCAAAUUGUGCUCGAGUAAUUCGCACAUGCUAUCCUACCUUCUGUCCGUCGCUGAUGUGGUGCAGAGUCGAAAACGUGCUGCGGAGGAUGACAUGGAACAAGAGGAGUGAUGUGGAGGAUGACAUGGAACAAGAGGAGUGAUGUGGAGGAUGACAUGGAACAAGAGGAGUGAUGUAGAGGAUGACAUGGAACAAGAGGAGUGAUGUGGAGGAUGACAUGGAACAAGAGGAGUGAUGUGGAGGAUGACAUGGAACAAGAGGAGUGAUGUGGAGGAUGACAUGGAACAAGAGUGAUGUGGAGGAUGACACGGAACAAGAGGAGUGAUGUGGAGGAUGACAUGGAACAAGAGGAGUGAUGUGGAGGAUGACAUGGAACAAGAGUGAUGUGGAGGAUGACAUGGAACAAGAGGAGUGAUGUGGAGGAUGACAUGGAACAAGAGGAGUGAUGUGGAGGAUGACAUGGAACAAGAGGAGUGAUGUGGAGGAUGACAUGGAACAAGAGGAGUGAUGUGGAGGAUGACAUGGAACAAGAGGAGUGAUGUGGAGGAUGACAUGGAACAAGAGGAGUGAUGUGGAGGAUGACAUGGAACAAGAGGAGUGAUGUGGAGGAUGACAUGGAACAAGAGGAGUGAUGUGGAGGAUGACAUGGAACAAGAGGAGUGAUGUGGAGGAUGACAUGGAACAAGAGGAGUGAUGUGGAGGAUGACAUGGAACAAGAGGAGUGAUGUGGAGGAUGACAUGGAACAAGAGGAGUGAUGUGGAGGAUGACAUGGAACAAGAGGAGUGAUGUGGAGGAUGACAUGGAACAAGAGGAGUGAUGUGGAGGAUGACAUGGAACAAGAGGAGUGAUGUGGAGGAUGACAUGGAACAAGAGGAGUGAUGUGGAGGAUGACAUGGAACAAGAGGAGUGAUGUGGAGGAUGACAUGGAACAA